UAAAAAAGAACACCAAUGUGUACUCUCUCUCCCAAUCGAAACUCUCAAAAUCCAGUUUCCACAGUCCUUCAACGUCUCCCCCCACGCUUGGUAAACCCUCAGCCUCUCUCUCUCUCUCUCUCUCUCUCACUUAGGCAGCCAAGACUGCAAAAAUGGGAAGAAACAAUUUCUCGAUCUUAACAGUUCUAUCGGUCACACUCCUUCCCAUUCUCUCCCUCUCUUUCUCCACAGAUUCCCCAACAGAUUGUCGCCUCUUAGUCCUCCUCGACGACUUGUCACUCAAAUCUUCCCACUCAAUCUUCUUCAAUUCUCUUAAAUCUCGUGGUUUCGAUCUUGAUUUCAAGCUUGCUGAUGACCCAAAACUCGCCGUUCAACGUUAUGGCCAGUACUUAUAUGAUGGCUUAAUUCUCUUCUCUCCUUCAAUCGAAAGAUUUGGCGGUGCAUUGGAUUUAGCUGCUGUUCUUGACUUUGUUGACUCGGGUCAUGAUUUGAUUAUUGCGGCGGAUAGUUCCUCUUCUGAUUUGAUUAAGAGUCUAGCUACUGAAUGUGGGGUUGAUUUCGAUGAGGAUCCAUCUGCCUUGGUUAUUGACCAUAAAAGUUAUGCUAUCUCUGAGACUGAGGGUGAUCAUACAUUGAUUGCUGCCGAUGAUUAUAUCGAAUCUGAUGUGCUGCUUGGAAAAAAGAAAAUUGAGGCUCCUGUGCUCUUUAAAGGGAUUGCACAUUCUUUAAAUGCAGCGAAUACCCUGGUAUUGAAAGUCCUUUCUGCAUCUCCUUUGGCUUAUUCAGCUAAUCCAAGCUCCAAAUUGUCAAGUCCUCCAUCAGUAACUGGAUCUUCCAUCUCGUUAGUUUCAGUAGUGCAGGCUAGAAACAAUGCUCGGAUUAUGAUUACAGGUUCAUUAGAUAUGUUUAGUAACCGAUUUUUCAGAUCAAGCGUACAGAAAGCUGGGAGUCCAAGAAAAUAUGAUAAAUCUGGUAACGAGCAGUUUGUGACUGAACUUAGCAAAUGGGUCUUCCAUGUAAGAGGUCAUCUGAAGGCUGUGAAUCUUAGACACAACAAAGCUGGGGAAACAGAUGAGCCAGCAAUGUAUAGGAUCAAAGAUGAUCUGGAUUUUUCUGUUGAGAUAUAUGAAUGGUCUGGAAAGAGCUGGGAACCAUAUGUGGCCAAUGAUGUCCAGGUCCAGCUUUACAUGAUGAGCCCUUAUGUGUUGAAAACCCUAUCAAAUGACAAGAAGGGCUUGUAUCAUACAUCAUUCAAGGUUCCUGAUGUUUAUGGGGUUUUCCAGUUUAAGGUUGAGUAUCACAGGCUUGGAUAUACUAGCCUGUCUCUCUCCAAACAGAUUCCAGUUCGGCCCUUCAGACACAAUGAAUAUGAGAGAUUCAUUACAGCUGCUUUCCCCUAUUAUGGGGCUUCUUUUACUAUGAUGGCCGGGUUCUUUAUCUUCAGCUUUGUCUACCUAUACCACAAGUGAGGCCCUAUUGUAAUAGAGAGGAUUGCACUGCUAUGAAGAUGGUUCUUUCUGAUAUACACUGAGAAUAUAUCGAGGGCCUUGUAACAGUUUUCCCCCUCAGUUUCAUUAUUUAGGAAGAAUUUAUUGUAGUAAAAUUAUCCGGCAUUAGUAUGGCUCUUCUGAGGUGGUGCCAAAGCUUGAACCUUGGUCAGGUAGUUGGAGCUUUCCUACAACAAACCGCAAGGCCAGAGAGCAUUGGUAUCGAAAUGUCUCUCUCGUUCUCCGUGAAGAAAACUGUUGACGAGCACCAGAGCCAGAAAAUUAUAGGCCCGACACAGUUUUACUACAUAAACAAACAUCUAGAUUCUGGUCUAAUAAAUUUGCCAGUGAUAGUACCAA